AUGAAACUUUACUCAAACAUCCACACGAAACUUUAUUCAAACAUCCACACGAAACUUUACUCAAACAUCCACACGAAACUUUACUCAAACAUCCACAUGAAACUUUACUCAAACAUCCACACGAAACUUUACUCAAACAUCCACAUGAAACUUUACUCAAACAUCCCCACGAAACUUUACUCAAACAUCCACACGAAACUUUACUCAAACAUCCACACGAAACUUUACUCAAACAUCCACAUGAAACUUUACUCAAACAUCCACACGAAACUUUACUCAAACAUCCACACGAAACUUUACUCAAACAUCCACACGAAACUUUACUCAAACAUCCACACGAAACUUUACUCAAACAUCCACAUGAAACUUUACUCAAACAUCCACACGAAACUUUACUCAAACAUCCACACGAAACUUUACUCAAACAUCCACACGAAACUUUACUCAAACAUCCACACGAAACUUUACUCAAACAUCCACAUGAAACUUUACUCAAACAUCCACACGAAACUUUACUCAAACAUCCACACGAAACUUUACACUAACACCCACAUCGGCCAAAGUCCCACAAAUCCCGGGUCUGGAGAGCUCGGCGUGAGGCCAGGCGAAGGGGGUGAGGGUCCUUGA